AUGGAGGCUUCAUCUUCUUCCGAGGGCAAAGACCCUUCUGCCUUCCUCGGCGAAAUCACCGGCGCUCCAGUCACAGUCAAGCUGAACUCCGGCGUUGUUUACAAAGGCGAGCUCCAGUCUGUUGACGGCUACAUGAACAUUGCCCUGGAGAAGACCGAGGAAUACGUUAACGGCAAGAUGAGACGGAGCUAUGGAGACGCAUUUGUGCGAGGAAACAAUGAGACGAAGACAUCUCCGGCAGCCAUGUCUCUCCAAUCCAUCCGGUAUAAGCGUGGCAUGCUACAGAUCCUCGAUCAGCUCCAAGUACCGCACGUCGAAAGAUAUAUUCCUGUCUCGACAGCUAAAGAAGGAUGGCAUGUUAUAAAAGAAAUGCACGUCCGAGGCGCCCCGGCCAUCGCCAUCGUUGCCGUUCUCUCCCUCUCGAUCGAGCUGACCGAUCUAAUGGAUGACGGGAAGCUGUCCACCGAGGCAGACGAGGUCGAAGCCUACAUAUUAGAGAAACUAAACUACUUGGUUACCAGUCGGCCUACUGCAGUUAACUUGAGUGAUGCGGCUACCAAGCUGAAGGCAUUGGUGCAGACUCGGAAACAGAUCGGGGACCCCAAGGGAAAGGAUCUUGCGGAGGCGUAUGUGGAGGCUGCGGAGAAGAUGCUGAUUGACGAUGCGAUGGAUAACCAUCGGUUGGGUGAUUUCGGAGCCUCGUGGAUUGUGAAUAACACCACCGCGGGCAAGGAUGGGAAGAAAGUGGGAGUCUUGACACACUGCAAUACAGGAUCACUGGCAACGGCUGGGUAUGGAACAGCAUUGGGGGUCAUCCGCUCCCUUGUAGCUUCGGAUAAGCUCGAGCAUGCCUUCUGCACAGAAACCAGACCAUACAACCAAGGCGCCAGGCUCACGGCCUUCGAAUUGGUACAUGACAAGAUCCCGGCCACACUGAUUACAGAUUCCAUGGCCGCCUCGCUCCUCGCGCAAAAAGGGACCGGCCUCGCAGCUAUCGUCGUUGGAGCUGACCGUGUCGUCGCAAACGGAGAUACAGCAAACAAGAUCGGAACCUAUCAAUUGGCUGUCCUUGCCAAAUACCACGGCGUGAAAUUCAUCGUUGCUGCGCCUAGAACCACCAUCGACCUGCACACCAAAGAAGGAGAGGAUAUCAUAAUCGAGGAACGUUCAAAGUCCGAAGUCACUAGAAUCACUGGCCCGCGCAUCAGCGAUCUGGGUAAGCCUAAUGGCGACAACAUCGCCCUUGAAACCGUAAACAUCGCUGCUCCGGGCAUUGAUGUCUGGAACCCCGCCUUCGACGUCACUCCCUAUGACCUGAUCGACGCAAUCGUGACAGAGGUCGGCGUUGCAGAGAAGGAUGCCAAUGGUCUUUUCCAGCUGCAGAAACUGUUUGGUUUCCCUUGA